UAAAAAAACUUUUUAAAAACAGAAUCCAGGUUCAGCUUCAAGUUGGACUGAAGUGAACCAAAAGUAAAAUUUUUCUUAUCAUCAAAAUCGCACAUGCUUGAAUUUUAUUUUCAUAAAAACGCGAAAAACACAUAAAACUGGCAAUUUUAUGGGAUAAAUGUUAUUCAAAAUUACUGUUUAAUUCAUAAUUGAAAAGUAUUCAUCAUGGAUCAAGACGACGUUGUGUGGAGUAUAAUAAAGUCGAGCUUCUGUUCUUUCAAAGUACAAACCGAUUCGACUCAAUUUUGUAGAAAUGAGUACAAUCUCACUGGUCUAUGUAAUCGUACCACAUGUCCUUUGGCCAACAGUCAAUAUGCUACGGUCCGAGAAGAAAAGGGAAUUAUUUAUUUAUACAUGAAGACUGCCGAAAGGUCCGUGUAUCCUCGUAAACAAUGGGAAAAGAUUAAACUAUCUAGAAACUUCGAAAAAGCUAUCAGACAGUUGAAUGAAAACUUGUUGUUUUGGCCUGGACACUUGAAGCUGAAAUGCAAGCAACGUUUCGUUAGAAUUACCCAGUAUUUAAUCAAAAUGAGGAAAUUGAGAUUAGGAAGACAAAAAAAAUUGAUUCCGCUGCAACGUAAAAUAGAAAGACGUACUAAACGAAGAGAAGAUACAGCUCUAAUAGCUGCAAGAUUAGACAACGCAAUCGAAAAAGAAUUAGUGGAAAGAUUGAAGAAAGGAGUUUAUGACGAUAUUUAUAAUAUUCACACUAAAGCUUUCGAAAACGCUCUUCAAACUGAAACCGAGGAACAAGAUACCGAAGCUGUCGGAGAAGAAGAAGAGGAAAUAGAAGAAUCUGACGAAGUUGAUGAAUUCGUUGAAGCUAGUGAUGAUGAUACCGAUAAGGAAAUAGAAAUGGAAGAAGACUUCGUUCCAAGUGAAGAAGAAGUAGACACCGUUGAUAUUGAGGAUGUUCCUUUACCUGCUAAAAAAUCUCCUAAAUCGCUGAGGAGACGAUCCAAGAAGCAAGUUGAAAUUGAAUAUGAAAUGAAUUGAUGAUUUUAUGUGUAUUAGGUAUUGUUGUCAUGUUAUAUGAUUGUGUUUUUAUAAUAAAAAUUUUGCUGGA